AUGCAUUUCACCACUCUCCUCGCUUCUGCUGCUCUUGCUCUUGGUGUCUCUGCUGAGGGCAUCAACUGCCACGGCAGCAGCAACUGCGCCAACGUCGGUUUCAAGCUGACUGGCCUUCUCCAAACCGCCCAGAAGCUUAACGACAACAAGUGGUACUACAACGGCCAGCACAUCGCUUGCUGGCAGUCAGUCGGCGGGACCGGAUUCUGUGCUUUCCUCCAGAACACCGGUGGUCUGCCUGGCAAGGACAUCAAGAGGCUGCUCCAGGAACUGGUCAACCAUGGUUGCGCCAAGUGUGGCAGCGUUCCUGCGUUCUAUCCUAGCGACAAUGAUAUCAAGUCUCACGGAAUGCUCACUGUCAACUACGUCGCUAAGCCGAACUGCAACGGAAUCUGCUAG